GAAUAUGACUGUUCAACUUCUUAGUUCUACGAGAUUUGAUCGAAUCAGUAGUGUGGAAGAUGAGGGUUUUAGUCGGUUGUUUGGUACUGUUAGCAAUAUUCCAAGCAGGACAAUCUCAUUCGCUUCCACGGGAGCGACGCCAGUCAAGUUCAUCCUCGGUUAUGGCCAUCGAUGAAAGCAACGACAACCGUGCCGCCAUUCCAGGGCUUAGCGAGAUACAAACAGCCAUCGAAGUGGCACAAUUUCUUAUCAGCGUAGGCCAACAGGUGCUACCGACGAUAUUGCAGAACCUGACUCCUCCGAGCGGCGGCGGCGAAGGCAUUCGAAUGAACGAGAUGCAGCUGAUCCGUAUGGUGCGUCAGCGAAUGAUGGCAAACGACGAGGGUUCAUGAUGAUAUUAGGGAUUGAAGGAGUAGAUUUCGAAAAAUAAUUUGUGUAUCAAAAAGAUGCCUACAAACGCAUUGGAAACCGUCAAGUAAGCUUCAAACGAAAAACAAAUUCGAAAGAAAUAAAU